GGAGUAUGCACCACUUUCCGGCGUAAUGUGGUUACUGCUGUGCUCAUAGUCCAAGUCUAUAAAAUAAUGCCCGUGGUAGACUUGGGUACACAUCCUUAACUCAACAAGUCACACAGCUGAAGCGGUGCACACGAUCGAACCACCAAGACGCCACCUAGGCACCCAUUUCCAAUUUCAAUAGCUCUAAUGUCUGCAGCAAAAGCUCUCGUCCUCUUGACUGGACCCAAUGGCUUUGUCGGUGCUCAUGUCCUCGACCAACUGUUGAAGAACAACUAUCGCGUACGUGGGACCGUCCGAUCUCCAUCGAAAGCCGCCUUCUUCCAGGCCAAGUACGCACAAGCUUGCCUCGACGGGGAUCUGACUUUCGUCAUCGUCACCGACAUUCAAGCACCCGGCGCCCUCGACGAAGCAGCUCAAGGAGUCGACUUCAUCUGCCACGUCGCCUCACCAUUUUUCACUUCGACAAAUGACCCGAUCAAGGAGCUCGUCGAGCCCGCGGUCAAUGGGACACGCAACGUCGUUUACAGCGCCUUCAAAUCUAAGUCGCUCAAAAAGAUGAUCAUCUUGAGCAGCUUUGCCUCCGUAGUCGACCUUUCCAAAAACACGCGACCGGGGUAUCUAUAUACGUCGGAGGACUGGAAUCCUAUCACGGAGGAGCAGGCUGCUCGGGAUGGAUUCUCUGGAUACUUUGCCAGUAAGACGUUCGCCGAGCGCGCAGCCUGGGAGAUGUGGAAAGAAGCAAAAACCAAAGCCGAGGUGAUCUGGGAUUUGGUAACGCUGUGUCCGCCUAUGAUAUACGGCCCCCCUUGCCACGAAGUUCGGAAGGACAUAGGUGUAGAGGGGUUGAAUACGAGUUUGAAGGACUUAUUCAUUGGUUUGCAAGGUCAGAAUCCAGAGUUCAAGCCCCGUGUCGCGACGCCAGGUUUGCCGGCAUGGGUCGAUGUUAGAGAUGUGGCAGAGGCCCACGUUAGAGCUCUGGCAUUGGACAAAGGUGUCAGUGAGAGAUUUCUAUUGUGUGGCGGAGUGGAUUACUUGGAAGACGGCCUCGCGGGAUUGAGAGCUAGAGGUGAAAAGGGAUUAGGCGAGGAAGGUGAACACUGUGAUAGAGCCAAGCACUUUGGGCUUGACAAAAGUACCGCUGAAGGGGUGUUGAAACUGAAAUUCAACCCGUUCCAGAAGACGGUUGAAGACAGUUGGGAAGAAGUCAAACGGUUGGGCAUAAUUUGACCGGUCUUGCCCUUGAUGGGCUGAGUCCGGUUCUUUCGUUACUGCGAGGAGAAUUCGCUUGCAAAUGACUGUUUGGGAAGGAUUUUGGACACCACGAUGUCUUUGUCAUGUCGAUAUAAAGUCACACCGCUAAAGUCCACCGAUAUACUUCCUGUUUGCUACGGGGGGAUGAUUGUGCCAGAUGAGAUGCGUAUGGAGGUCGUAAGAUCCUCGUAUGCGUUGAGCUGGAAAGUCGGUGAGUAAUCUCACUCACUUGACUAGGUACCUUCAAUUCACUAAAUCUCUUCC